AUGGAAACCACAGCUCAGGCUCCCCAGCCGAUUACGGGCUGCUCGACGGGGCUGGGCCGUUGUCUGGCCGAGGCGGUGCUCAAGAGCGGCGAGCGCCUGGUCGCCACCGCCCGCAAUGUGGGAGCUCUCGAGGGCCUGGCCCAGCUGGCCACCAAGGAGAGCGACCAGCAGCCGCAGCUGCUCACCGUGCGGCUCGAUGUCAGCGACCAGGCCCAGGUCGACGACGCCUUCGCGCAGGCCGUCGCGCGGUUCGGCCGGGUCGACGUAGUGGUCAACAACGCCGGCUACGGCCUCCACGGCGAGCUCGAGUCCCUCAGCGACGACGACAUCCGCGCCCUGCUCGACGUCAACCUGUGGGGCGUCAUCCGGGUCACCCGCGCCGCGGUGCGCGUGUUCCGCGAGGUCAACCGCGCGCCCGUGGGCGGCCGCCUGCUGCAGAUCAGCUCCGUCGGGGGCUUCACCGUCCUGCCGACCCUCAGCAUAUACCACCUGAGCAAGUUCGCCAUCGAGGGCUUCUCCGAGGCCGUGGCGCGGGAGAUGAAGCCCGAGUGGAACAUCAGGAUCACCGUCGUGCAGCCGGGCGGGUUCAAAACGGACUGGGGCGGCCGCUCGCUGGUCACCACCGAGCCGCACCCGGCCUACGCGGGCUCGCCGGCCGAGGCCGUGCGCACCUUCCUGGGCAACCCGGAGACCGCGAAGCUCAUCCAGGGCGGCGACCCGCGACGAGCGGCCGACGUGAUGGUGGCGCUGAGCAGGCUCGAGGAGCCGCCGUUCAAGCUGCCGCUGGGACCCGACGCCGUGGGCCUGAUCCAGAGCAAGCUGGACAUGAUCCAGGCCGAGCUCAACCAGUGGCGCGAAAUGUCGAUGUCUACCGCGACCGAGGUGCCCGACGAGCUGAUCACCAUCGGCGCCUUCAGCGAGACGCUCGCUGGCAUCCAGAAGCAGUUGUCGAACCAACAAUCAAGUAAACAGUAA